CACGCCUCCACGGCAUCUGACAUUCGACCGCCAAACUCUGGAAUGUCCGCCCCGUCCGUCCACGCUGAGCCGCCACCCGAGGUGGUGCGCGACCCCGAAGGCCUGCAGUAUGAGACUGGCCCGCAGCUGGGCAAGGGCGGCUUCGCCAUCUGCCACCGCGCGAAACUGCUGGGCCACGAGCACCUCGGCAGCAGCACAGUCGCUUUGAAGAUCGUCCGGUCCAAGAUGGAGCCUCCCAAGCUGGCACAAAAGUUUGUGACUGAGCUCCAAAUCCACUCGAAACUGUCCCACCCCAACAUCGUUGAAUUCUACCGCGCCUUCUCCUUCCAUUCGAGCACCUACGUAGUCCUGGAGCUGUGUGAAAACGGCUCCCUCGCCGACGCGAUCAAGAAGCGCAAGUACUUCACCAUGCCUGAGAUCCGGCGAUUCAUGGUCCAGACGUGUGGCGCCAUCAAGUACCUGCACCAGCGCAACAUUGUGCACCGCGAUCUCAAGACUGGCAACCUCUUCCUCGACAAGGACAUGAACGUCAAGGUCGGCGACUUCGGCCUUGCUGCCCUGCUCCUCUCCCAGAACGACUACGGCGCGAUUCGACGAACCACCAUGUGCGGCACACCGAACUACCUCGCGCCCGAGGUUCUCGAGAAGACAGGCAAGGGCCACGACGAGAAGGUCGAUCUGUGGGCGAUCGGCAUUAUGAUGUACACACUUGCCGUUGGUCGAGCGCCUUUCCACGCCGCAAAGCGCGAGGACAUCUACCGAAAACUGAAGGCGCGUGAAUACUCCUGGCCGGAUCCAACAAAGUGCGCAAACGAAAUUACCGACGACCUGCGCGACAUUGUAUCGUUGCUGCUCGUACACGAAGACGACAGGCCCACACCUGACCGCAUCGUAGCGCAUCCUUUCUUCAAGCUGGGAAUGAUCCCGUUGGACCUGGACAGCGGGUGCACGUCUAGGAUCCCUAGGUGGCCCAAGGAACGUGCGCCGUCAGCUUCGACCAUAAGACGAGGAUACACUGAGGAGUGGUGGACACUGUGCAAAGCCUCGGCCGUCGGCGAAUACGAUCCAGGGAAGACAUUCGGCGCAUACGGAAGCAGAAGGAAUAAGACGGUCGCUCGUGAUUGCCAGAAGGAGAUCGAGGCUGGCAAGCAGCCCAAUGUACCUUUCAGCAAGGAUGUCGUAUACGUACCGUUCCCUGCACGUGUACAAUGGCCACAUAAAGCUGCGCCUGGAGGACUGAGCGAGAUUUCAGAGGAGAGGGAAUCAUCACAAGAAGGCCAGGCGUUAGUGGAAACAUCCGGAAACGAUCGCCUGAACGGCCGCUUACCCCGUGUCAGGAAGGCGAUGCCGCCGCCAGCAUCGAAGGAGAAUGCGCCCAUGUCAUCCCAGGAGUCGAUACCGUCGACAGAGCCAGAGCUGGCCCGGAGAACACUGGACAAGGCACCCACAAGGUUACGGGCAGUACGCAAGAUUUCAAGCUCUGCUCCAGUCAGCGCAGCCACAGCGCCUGCGCCGGCGCCGGCGCCGGUGCCGGUUCGGGUACCGAGAGAGACGAGGACAACAACGCGAUCGCGCGCUGCGAAAGAGGGGCCGAAGAAGUCAUCUCAAGAGACAGAGACCGGACUCCCUGAUCUCCCACCUCUGCGCGCGAUGAAGAACAGCAUUCGAGUGACGGAGAACUCAGAGCCUGCGCCUCUGAAGACGACCAUCCGAGUGACGGAGAACCCGGAGCCUGCGCCUCUGAAGACGACCAUCCGAGUGACGGAAAACCCGGAGCCUACGCCUCAGUUCACGACUUCCACACGGGGCACCAAACUUUCGGCGUGUACAAAAAGCUCACCAAAAUUCCAGGCCCUCACGGCCGAACUCGCUGCCACAGAUCCUGUCACGGUGCUGGCGCGGCUGUACACAUUCCGCGACAAUCUCGCACGAGCGCUUGACAAGAAGCCGUCGAAAUGCAGGAGAGAGCAGCCUCCACAGCUGCCGUUCGUGACGAAGUGGGUCGACUACUCGCGCAGAUACGGAGUUGGCUAUGUUUUGGACGACGGUAGCAUUGGCACGCUGCUCACAGGGGAUGAGCAGAAUCCGGUGACAGCUGCGAUCGCGACAGACGGAUACAAGCAUCUGAAGAAGAACGGAAGAGACCGAGAGGCAGCGAAGAGCGUGGCUCUUGACCUGUACACGACGGUGAAGAAAGACAGAGGGCUCUGUCAAAUCGAGAUGCAGGAGCGUCGACGAACGGAGGAGAUUCGAACUGUGUGGCACAAGUUCGGAAAGUACAUGUGCGCGACGUUCGGUGACGAGGAGCUGGUGGUCAAGGAGGGACCCAAACAAUGCAACUUUGUCAAGUUCUACCAGCGACUGGGAAAUGUCGGCAUCUGGGGAUUCGACGACGGCUCUUUCCAGUUCAACUUCCCAGACCACACGAAGCUCGUGCUGUCGUCAGAUGGCGGGUACGCUACUUUCCUCUGCCUGCCAUGCGAGGCAACAGCACUCCUUGAAGCGACGGGCAACGUACCCUGGAGACACGUCAGGGCGCGCGAGACGCUCAAAGGAUCGCUGCAGCAGCUGCUGUACGGGUCAGCAGACAAGGCUGACGGAUACAAGGAGGUUACUCGAGGCAAUCAUCUGCGCGAGAAGAUUGAGUUCAUCUACGCAGUGGUCGAAGAGUGGGUGCGCGAGGGAGGCCUCGGCUGCCUCGUCGAACCCAAGAAGUACUCAUGGACAGGACCGCAGCUCGAGGAGACCAAACGGUUAGACUGGGCGAGCGUUGGGCGUUUUGGGGGCGACGUCUUCUCGUGAGAUUUCAAGGGUCGCGUUUUUUUAUUCCUCGGGUUGGCUAGCGACGGCGUUUUGGGUUUUCAGGCAUUCAUACUGGCACAGGCAUUUUGGUGGCGUCUCCGUCUUCGUUGACGAUGUUGUUGGGUUGAAGGCUCAUUUGCUGGGUCUUGCACAUGUGCAGGCGGCUGGGUCGGCGCAUUGUGCUUGUAGCAUAGUCAUCAUAGCACCCAUGCUAGGCAUC